AUGGUAAUGGAAAGGGCUGCUUCAGCACCGGCUCCUGCGAUGGCAGCGGCGGCGGCGGCGGCGGCAGAAGACGAGCCGUCGGCACCGCCGCCACCGCCGCCGCUGCUCCCAUUUCCAUCAAUGCGCCCGUUUGGCGACGGCUUUACGGCCACGACUGUACUUCAAACAGCCCCUGCGGAUCCACGAGAGUCGCGGGCGGCGCUUCCUGUAUAUUAUGAUCGACGCGCCUGGCAGCUGCUGCUGAGGUUGGUAGCGGCAGUGAUCGCUUUUGCGGCAGUGGGCAUGUGGGCGGCGCUGCAGAUUGUGGUGAUGGUGGGUGCAAUGCGCCUGCUUGUGGUAUUGGCGGCGUCAGAGGCAGCUUUCCUCAUGUAUUAUCGCCGCAAGUAUAAGCUGCUUAACGCCCAACCGCUGAGCCAUGCGCCCGAACGACAUGACGGGCUGGCCGCCUUCAAUCGGCUGCUGCAGGUGUGUCGUUUCUUUCAGCACAAGAUCGAUGCGCGAGCCUACUUGUCGACUUGGUUCUGUGGGGCCGAUUAUCGUCUCAUCCGCCGGGACAAUGUGGCCGACCUCAUCGCGUACGGCUUCUGGUACAUGAGCAGGCCCCUCCUGUUCUACGGCUUUACGGAAUGCAUGGCGUUGCUCACCAAGACGCUGCUCCUAGCCCUGGGUUGCGACAUUCACAUCGAUCCCGUCACGGGCCUGAUGGUGGCUACUGCCGGACUGGACGAGCAUCUCUGGAGCCACCAGGGGGGGGCUCGCCGCCGCCGGUGCAGCGGCGGCAGUAGCAGCGGCGGCAGUAGCUUUAGCGGCUCGGCGGUGGCGGCGGAGGCGGCGAGUGUUAGCGACAAUUUUAAGAACGCAGGGAAGAGCGGAUCCACGCGCUGUACGAUGUUGGACGAUCGAUCUGCCGUACUAGCUGGUUGGGAUACGAAAUCGUGUCUCCUGGCGGCGGGCUUACCGUUAGUAGCGGUUGAGUACAAGCACGUGUCCAUGAGAUGGUGUUCCAUCAUUCCCUCGGCCGAUGAUAUUGCAGCGGGCGUGGUGGGGCUUCUGGACAGGCUGGGACUGGAGCAGGCCUGUGUGGUGGCCCACUCGUACGGCACCUUUGUGGCUUCCCGCCUCGCCCAGCUGUACGCGCACCGCAUGCAAAGCAUGGCGCUGCUGGAUCCCGUCUGCUUCGGUAUGUUCAUGCCCCACCUCCUGGCCAACUUCAUCUACCGCGAGCCGCGAACCACCACCAUCAACACGUGGUUCAAGGACGUGCUGUUCAAUUUCGUGUCCCGGGACCUGCAUUGCGCUGCGGCGCUGUGCCGCCGGUUCUAUUGGUCGGAUGUGAAUCUCUGGCCCCAGGACAUUCCUGGCCGUACACUGGUCGCUAUCGCCGGCCACGAUCAGCUCAUCCACGUGGACGAGGUGCUCGAUCACAUCCAGCACUACGCUGCCAAGAUCUUGUACCACCCCAACCACACUCACGCGGAGUUGCUCAUGGACCUCAACUGGCAGCAGCAGGUCCUGGCGGACAUCGUUGCCAUGGCAAGCAGCGGCGGCGGUAUUGCCGGCGCGCGGGAGGUGCAGCGCCGUCUGACUACAAUGCCCGCCGCGGCCCUGGCGGCGGAGGCAAGUACGGAUGCUCCGCCGCCAAUGUCACUGGGGGAGGCGUUGGCCACAACAGGACCCGGCGUCGUACGGCGCGUCACCACACACCGCCAGGUGAACAUAGCGGCGCCGCCGCAGGUCGUGCAGACGCAGCAGGUGGCUUUACCGUACGGCGCCGCCGCGGCGGCAGCGACGGCAGUAGAAGAAGGAGGCAAGGAAGAAGGGCAUGAUGACGUGGCAGCGCUGGCAGCGGCGCUGAGUGAGCAAAUCGGCCAGGCGCGGGAACGGCAACAACAGAACGGUACGGGGACGGCGAUGGUGAACCCGCCGUCGCCGCCGCUGCUGAUGCCGACGCCGUCAGACACUGCGCAAGGCGCAUCAGCAUCAGCAGUAGCAGCAGUAGAAGGGAGAUCUGGGGCCGGCAGCCCGCCACCGCCGCCGCCGCAUGCUGUCGUAUCGCCAAACCUGGGUGCCGCCGGCGCCUCCACCAGUUCUAACGUUGCGUUGCCUCAGCCGUCGGCCCCCUCGUCCACCCCCACAUCUUCAUGGUCCGCGGCAGCUAACUCUGCGGCGCGGUCGUACGUUCCGCGGAGGUGUACCGCGGCGGCCAGGCUGCAACAUGGCAGCGGCGGGCCGAGCCAUGAGGAAGUGCUGCUCUUGGAGCUGGCGAGCGCUGGGCUCAACCGCGCCGUACUGAUCGCGUCGCCAACGGCGGCGGCGGCGGUGCCGCCACCGCCGCUGCCGCCGUCGCUGCGAGGAGCUGUGACGGCAGCCGCCGGUGGCGGUGGCGGCGCCGCCGCCGCCAGCCUGUCUGGCUGUCUACGUCGCCUCCUCCCCGCGAUCAGCGAGGUUCGUGAGGAGGCCUCCGGUCCGAGCUCACCAGUGCGACUGGUGCCGCCGGUGCCGUCGGCAUUUGCGGCGGCGACCGCGGAGGUGCCGUCGUACUUCCCGACCCGCAUGCCCCGCGGGGCAACGGUGAUCCGCCCGCGCCGUACAAUGACGAGCUAA